AGAUGGCAGAAUUAUUUAUGGAAUGUGAAGAAGAGGAGCUAGAACCAUGGCAAAAGAGAGUGAAAGAAGUGGAGGAGGAUGAUGAUGAUGAUGAGCCAAUCUUUGUUGGGGAAAUCUCAAGCUCGAAGCCAGCUAGUACAUAUAUAUUGAACAGAGUCAACCUCAGCUCAUCACGAAGGGGGAUACAGAAUGGUGCACCCAGUAGAGGUACAGUUACUACAUUCAAGCCUGACAGUCACCAUUAUGCAACACCUGCCUCCAGCCCCAGUGCCGUGCCUGUUUCAUCAGUCUUUCAGUCUGUAUCCAGACCUACAGCUAGCUCUGUAGCAGUUCAGCCAUUGUCUAUACCAGUGAACGUUUCAGGAACUUCACAAACACUGCAGAGACCAGUUACUGGAUGUUUAUCAACACAGCAGAUGCCUGGGUCAAGUUCUGGAAUAUCACAGCCUGUUAGCAGACCUGUAACGAUUCCAGUGACGACACAGCCAGUAUCAAGAAAUAUCAUGGUUCCUGUAGUGGCUCAACCUGUAUCCAGGCCCGUGACUACUGUAACAGCACAGCCUGUAAUACUCAAUCAGGAUUAUAUUAUGGAUUCUCCACCAGCUGCACCAGAUAAUACAUCUGGUAUACUGUUUGGUGUGAGACAGAACUCGGGAGUUCCACAGUACCAGACUGGGCCAGCAGUGAAUGUAACAGGUCUGAAUGAGAGUGUUUUUGUAUCUAAGCGUCCUGCUACUUCUGAAGGCAACAGUGUAACUCCAAAAAAGGCCAAGCCUAAUGAGGUUGGUGCUGGAAGCAAUUCAUCUGUUUCACCUACAGUUAACUCUCCAACAGUAACACCAUCACAAAAUGUAUCUUCAAAAGGUACAAAUGCUGCAACAAACACCAUUAAAAAUGGAGGACCUUUUCCACGAGCUUGUCCGAAGUGCAAUAUUCAUUUCAAUCUUAUGGACCCUCUAAAAAAUCAUAUGAAGUAUUGUUGUCCAGAUAUGGUAAAUAACUUUUUCCUGGGAAUGGCCAAAACAGAAUGUUCGAGCACAACAAGCAAGACUGCUGAAUCUGAGAAAGGAAAAUUGAUUAUGUUAGUUAAUGACUUUUAUUAUGGGAAACAUGACGGUGACACCCAGCAGGUACAACAGGAGCAGAAGACUCAUACAACAUUUAAGUGCUUCAGUUGUCUGAAAGUUCUUAAAAAUAACAUAAGGUUUAUGAACCACAUGAAACAUCACUUGGAGCUUGAGAAGCAGAGCAGUGAAAGUUGGGAAAGCCACACCACCUGCCAGCACUGUUACCGUCAGUUUCCCACCCCAUUCCAGCUGCAGUGCCACAUUGAAAGUACACACACGCCUUACGAGUCAUCUACUAUUUGUAAAAUCUGUGAAUUAUCCUUUGAAACAGAGCAAGUUCUUUUGCAACAUAUGAAGGACAAUCAUAAGCCAGGUGAAAUGCCGUAUGUUUGCCAGGUAUGCAACUACAGAUCCUCAGCUUUUUCAGAUGUCGAAACACAUUUUAGAACAGUUCAUGAAAAUACAAAACAUUUGCUGUGCCCAUUUUGCCUCAAAGUAAUUAAAAUUGGAGCACCGUAUAUGCAUCAUUACAUGAGGCAUCAGAAAAAAGGAAUAUACCGUUGCACUAAGUGCAGACUGCAAUUUUUGACAUGCAAAGAAAAAAUGGAUCACAAAACUCAGCAUCACCGAACAUUUAGGAAACCCAAACAGUUAGAAGGAUUGCCUCCUGGAACAAAGGUGACUAUUCGAGCGUCUGUUGGAUCUCUUCAAUCAGGAUCAUCAGCUACAUCUUCUGUUAGUACAAGCACGUCCACAUUUCAGUUAUCACCUAAAGCUAAAAAUACAACCACUAAAAAUCAUAACAAAUCUAAUACAAAUAAGUCAAAAGCAAAAUCAAAACCAACUACAUCAAAGAAGCAAAAUGCAUGGACCAACAGCAAAAAAAAAAAAGAAGUUACAAAUACAGCAUUGCGUAAUCUAAGGUAUCGUUUGGGAGCUCACAAAUGCAUUGAGUGUUACUCGGAAAUAAAAGAUUUUGCAAGCCAUUUUCCUGCUUAUGUCCACUGUAGCUUAUGCAGAUACAACACUAGCUGUAGCAAAGCCUAUGUGAAUCACAUGAUGAGUUUUCACAGUGCUCGUCCAAGUAAAAGAUUUUGGAUCUAUAAGAAGCAUUCAGAAGAGCUACGAGGUGUGACUGUAGUAUGUCUUAAUUGUGAUUUCCUGACUGAUGUUUCUGGCUUAGAUAGCAUGGCCACACAUCUGAGUGAAAGCCACACUCAUACUUGUCAAGUUAUUAUAGAGAAAGUCUCUGUAGAUAUCCCAACUGCUGAACAAGUAUCUGAGUUAAAGACCGAAAUCUCCAUUAGAGAGAGAGAAGCUAAGUUGGAGAAAAUUUCAAGACCUAGUAUAUCUGAAGGAAAAACAGAAACACCAGCUUUUGAAAGCAAACAGGAGCAUGACUCUUCAGACGAAACAAAAGAAUGCAAUAGAAAUCAAACUAAAAAAGUUGCAUCAGUUGAAAAGAAUGAAGAAAACUCAUCAUUGUCAAAUACAGAAAAUGUUCCUAGUUUGGAACUCCCUGACAACAGCUCAAAGAAUCCUUUGCAUGAGAAAGGAGCAUGUUGUGAUUCAGAUAAUAACAAAAAAUUAGUAGAUGAGAAACAAAAAUGUAUUCAUGAUGAAAGUGAGUUGAAAACUUGCCAAAGUUCAGAUAAUGUUAUCUUGAAUGAGCAGACUAAAGUACAUAGCUUGGAUGAAACUACACUUUCAGCAGUGAACACAAGGGACUUAAAAUUAACAUUGGGUGAAGAUGUUAGUUUUGAGCAGUUCUUGAGAAAAAGAGAUGAACCUGAGUCUGUUAGUUCAGACAUUAGUGAACAAGGCAGUAUUCAUUUGGAGCCUUUGACUCCAUCAGAGGUACUAGAGCAUGAAGCUACUGAAAUUCUUCAAAAAGGUAAUGUUGCACCUUCAUCAAAGAAAGCUGGACAACUCUCUGAACAAGCAGAGGAGACUUCUAAAGAAAGCAGUCCCAACAGAAUGGAAACAACUGUAAACAAGACAGAUGAAAAUGAAGCAAGCUGAAAUUAUCUUAAUUUUAUUGUUUGUUAUAAACAAUGGUUAACUGGGCUCAGCUGCUAAAUGAAUCUAAUCAGCAACAGUAUUAAAAUUUAGAGACCAUCCAGCUUAUUGUUGGAGCCUCUAAAGAAACCACAUCGAUCUCAACAUCUCAAAAAUUGCUUCAAACUCUAAAGAGUUAUAUGACUUAAAUUUUGAAUUGCGUCUUAAUUUUCAUCCACGUGGGUUUAGAAGACUUUUUAAAAGAAAAGUGGAACAGUUUACAUAGUCACAGCUCUUCAAGAUCUGCCACUUUAAGAACUUCAAAUAACAAGACACAUGAAAAAGCUGAGAGCAGUAAGUUGCAGUAUUCUUUUGUUCUUAAAGAUUUUAGUGAAAUCGUUAACUUGAGGUACGAUUAACCAGUCUCAUGUCUUCAGGCAUGUACACGUGGAAGAUUAUAAAAUACAGCAUCACAAUGAGGAGAGUUUAAAGGACUUAAUCAGCUGUGGAACUUGAUGUGUAUGUUACUGAAGGAGUUCCUGAAUGCAUCUGCAUUUAAAACCAGAGAAAUCUCUAUGGUAUUUUUAAUCUGAUGAUCUUCCAUGCAAAUGAUGUAUUUUGAAUAACACUGAUAUGUGGCAUUGGAAAAGAUUAAGUUCAACUGGAACCAGUUGUGUGAUACUUGCUUGUAAAUUCCUCACAUUUGUCUUUUAUUAUGCAAUUAAAUUUUUGAAACAUUUACCAUUUUAAUAAUAAGAAUUUGGAAGAAUUUGGCCACGUACUGUUGAGAAAAGUUGGAAAAUAAAACUCAGAUUGAAAACUCUCUGUAUUUGGCAGACGUAUAUAUAUAUACUCAGAUAUUUAAUAUGUAAAGCAUUGUUUGUUUCAAACCAUGUAGAGAAUGCUUAUACAAAAGGUAAUGUUAGGUAUAAAACACCCAAAUAUCUAGUAGCCAUUCCAGAGGAAGGGGUGAGAGAGAACUAGAUUGUUCUAGUAAGACCAUCAGAUAGCUUUAAAUAGGCAAGUGAGGUGUAUCAUGAAAACAGUGGUACGGUAUUUUUGUGAAGGAGAAAAACUAAAAUUCAUUACAAUUUUUCCUAGAUGAAGUAAUUCAUUUGCUGACUAAACACUGUAGGAGACUGCACAAUUAUGAAGAUUGAUCUCUAUCAUGUUAUUUGGGACGUUUCCUAGAGAUAAGUUAAAUUGGUACUUUUGGCUGAAGUCACUCCAGAAGAUCAAGUUACAUUGAAUGAAUUUUUAGUUAUUUGAAUGUAACUGCACAUAAUUCAGUUUUUUGUUUGUUUCUGAGUCAUUUAAAAGUUGUUUUUCCAUCCAGCCGUCAGUAGUUCUUAUUCUGGGCCACCUCUAUUUGUCCUUAGGAAGACAUUUUACCUCAAGUUUUCAUUGCCUGACCAAAAACCAGUAACUUAAUUGUUGGUAUCCAUACUAUAAUGACCAUUUCCCCUCAUCUCAAGAGAUUUACCAUAUUUGCUUGAAUAAUCAUUUCAGGUUGUUUCUAUAACAUUUAUUUUUAAAGAAAUCAUAUGCCACGCAUAUGCUAUCUUCAUUAUUUGCAUUUAAUGGAAAACUGUUGUCAUUAUUAGUUUAUGGUCAGUGAGUGUUCAGUCACUUGGAGCCUCCUCAAGUGCAGCCAAUGUCUCAGUUUGCCUUGGGCAGUUUGGGAAAGAAACUUUCCCUGCGGUUCAGUUUUUCUUUAACAGAAUGGAUGAGUAAACCCAGGGGAAAAAAAAAGAUCAAAUCAUAGCACAUACUGAGUUCUAAGUAUUGGGUGAUGUAUUUUAAAUGAGAAAAUUUUUAUAACAAACCCGUGUCCACUUUUCUUUUCCUGGAAAUGGGUAAAGAGAGAGAGGAGCCUGGGCAAUAGGUGUUAAAUCACAUUCUGUGGUGCUUUACUGCCAGAAGGCAUUAGAAACUGAAGGUCAGGGUAAAGAAUCUCGAGUACACUUAGUAUUCUGCAAAACCUUAAAUAAAAGAUCUCAGAGCUUUUCUGCAGGCAUUAAGCAUUGUUAUUUAUAUGCUGGCA